UUUUACUUUAUUUUAAUCAAAUAAAAUUUAUAUACCGCUUACAAAGAUUCUGUGCAGAUUCAGAUUAACUGAAAUUAAGUUGAAUUACAAAACUGAUAAGGGAGAGAUUUCUAAUACACAUAUAUGAUGGAAGAUUAAUUUCAUGCGAAGCUAUACGUCUGUUGAUGUCUCCUGAUUAUUGCAACGAAUAUUAAAAUAGUUUCUUUUUUAAGAAUUCCAUUGCAUUAAAUAAAUAUUUCGUGAUAACUGUGCUUUGUGCAUUUAACGAAAAUUAAACAUUGCAAUUACAAGAAAUUACUUAUAGUGCAUCGCUUUCAUCAUAACUAAUCCCGAUUCGGGUGUCUAACCGUCACUAAUUGAUAAGAAUAUGAGUAUAUAAAGACCUGAACUGCAGUCAGCAAAUCAUUCAGUUUGAUUAUAUAUUACAGUUAUAUACUAUAACACAAAACACAAAAUCAGCUAAAUAUGAAAUCCUCUAUCGUUUGGGGCAUCCUGGCGACAGUACUGCUCAGUCUGUGCGUUUUCAGUGCGGACGCGGGUUUACGUAAACCCAAGCAGCUCACACCGGAGUUGGCAGCGAAGUUCGAAGUAUUGACCGCUUGGAUUGCUUAUCGUCUUAAUUUGAAACACGCCAAGGAAGCUUGUGUGGGAGAAUAUGGUUUUACGGAUCAGCUCGCCACCAAUUUGGUCAAAAUAAGGGUGGCGAAUCCAAGUGAUCAGGAGAAGUGCUACGUAAACUGUCUCUACAAUAAAUUGGUAUUCUAUAAGGACAACGCCAUUAACAAACAGGCCAUGAAGGAGUCGCUGUAUGAAAUUGUGGGAGAACAGCGUUUAUUGGAUAUUGUUAAUGGUUGUCUGAGUGCUGGCGGCACCAACGCAUGUGAUAAGGUGUACAAGUUCCAUGCUUGCGCCUCACCGGAAUUCGAUAAAGUACGCAGUGAUAUAUUCUUGCCGGAUGAAUAGAUAAUUUCUAUUAAUUUGAGUUUAUGUAUUUAUUUAAAACAAUUUAUUUAAGAUGUCUUUUGAAUGUAGAAUAUAUACAAAUUUUAAGUAAAAAUAAAAUUUUUGGUUAAAAAAAUUUUGAGGCAUUUUGUUCUAAUGAGUAUCUAGAUAUGUAUACCUUGUUCACGAUCUUUUCUACUACCUAUACAUAAUUGCUUCAAAAUCUUUUUAUAAAAACUGUAUGAUAAUAUCUCCACCAACAUUUCGGUUAACAGUCAAACGCGCUACCCAUGAAUAAGCUGCUUAUGUAUACCUAUAUAAUGGAAUUUAUAAUUAUAAUAAGUAAAUAUUUUUUUGAGCUUUAGAGCUUGAGGGUUGAUCUAGCUUCUUUUUUCCGAAGUGGUAUUCGUAUUUUUUCGAAAUGGUACCCAAGUCUAUGUUAGUCUUGACUGAAAUAUAAUAAGUAUGAAAUACACAUUAAAAUAUAAAUGAAUGUAUGGAAAAUUAAAAA